AAGAUGGCGGCCACCAUGAAGAAGGUGAACUUUCUUUUCGCUGCAGAAGAUGUCAGUGUUACUUUUGAAGACCAACAGAAGAUAAACAAUUUUGCACGGAAUAUGAGUAGGAUCACGGAGCUGAAGGAAGAAAUAGAAGUAAAGAAGAAACAACUCCAAAAUUUAGAAGAUGCUUGUGAUGACAUCAUGUUGGCAGAUGAUGACUGCUUAAUGAUACCUUACCAAGUCAGUGAUGUUUUCAUUAGCCACUUGCAGGAGGAAACACAAGAAAUGUUAGAAGAAGCAAAGAAAAAUUUGCAAGAAGAAAUUGAUGCUUUAGAAUCCAGGGUGGAAUCAAUUCACUGGGUAUUAGCAGAUUUGAAAGUUCAGCUGUACCCAAAAUUUAGAAGCAACAUAAACCUUAAAGCUGAUGAAAGUUAAAAAUUUUAUAGUGCUUUUUUUAAAUUUGUUUAAUAAACUUGAAUAUUGUUUAAAAUGAUAAUUUCUCUUCUUCAAAUGAGAUGGAAAGCAAAACUUUUUUUUUUAAAAUUUUCAUGUAUUUAAUGGAAACUUGCCUAUUUUCACAUGUCUUGCUUAUUUAUUUUAUAUUUUUAAAAGAAGACAGUAUUUGCCUAUGUAUUUUGCAUGAUUAUAUCACGUGUAAGGGCUUUAUGUCAUGUUAUUAAAAGCAGUUAA